GGUCUGUGUGUGUGAGUGAGUGUGUGCGGAAUUCAUUCGAUCUUCCUUAUUUUUUUUUUUUUGUUAUUUCGUAUUGUGCUCAUUGUUUUGUGUUGUUUUUAGCGAAUUGAAUUUGAUUUUUGACUCUUGAAUUUGAAAAAAAUAUUUAACAACAAUCAUGAUGGCCAAAAUUGUGGAUAAAAUUGUUGAUAUUGAUAUAUUUCAAGAUAUUUUCUGUGAAAUUGAUCAAAAUUUUAUUAGAUCAAUCGUUUCCAUUGCCAAUUCUACUUUUGCUUAUGGUGAUCGAAUUUGUAGAAUGUUAUCAUUGGAACAUGAUUCAUCCAAACCACAAAAGAUUUCUCUAUUAAAUGAUAUGAAAAUCGUUCAAGUGGAUUCUGGUAACAACUUUGUCGUUCUUCUCACUAAUUAUGGUCAUGUUUAUUUAGCCAGUGAUGGUAAUUGGGAUACCAAAAGAACAUUUAAAUUGAUAACCGUCACUAAUGAUGCAGAUCGUUUCACAAUGAUUGCUUGUUCAGAAUCUGAUUUGAUAUUAUUACGACAAGAUGGUGUCGUUUUCGAAAGCGCUCAUUCUACAUUUCGCCAUUCAUACGGAUUUAAUACAUUUGGUGCUAAAUAUUUUGAAGCUAUUAAUAGUUUAAAGAAUUUAAAACUUAUAACUUGCGGACGAAAUCAUUGUUUGGCAUUGACAAAUGGACAAAAACUUUAUUCAUGGGGAAGCAACAAAUUUGGACAAUUAGGUCUUAAUAGUGUGCGGUCUGAAUUGAUCCCAAAAUUUUGUCCUUUUCCUGGUGAUUCGGUCAAUAGUCGAAUCAAAGAUAUUGCGGCUGGAGAGAAUUUUUCUUUAUUUUUACUCGAAAAUCUUGAUCUUUAUUUUUGUGGCGAGGAUUUUUCUGACAAUUGUGACGAUUUUUUCUCACCGAAAUUAGUUCUUAAAGAAGUAGAAAGGAUUGCCGCUUUCAAAUAUGGUAAAUUUGUCUUGGCUUAUAAGAAUUCAUCGCAUUACAUAUGGGGAAAAAUUGGCCAAAGUCAUUGGACUAAAUUCACAAAAUUGAAUAUUUGCUCAAAAUCAUUUGCAGUAAUUGUGUCAAAGUUCACAUCAUCACCAUUUACAUUUGGUCUAACACCAUCAUUUAAUCAACUUGAACAAUAUAAACAUCUACUUUGCAAACCCGAAGAAUCGAUUCGUCUAUUAUUUAAUAAUCCGGAUAAUUAUGAUGUUGAAUUUAUCAUUGGCAAACAACAACAACGUAUUGUGGCAUGUAAAUGUUAUCUAAAAUCGGUUUCAGAAUAUUUUCGCAAAAUGUUAUCGGGUGAAUGGCGUGAAAAUGAUCGUAUAAUGAUUGAUUCAUAUUCCUAUGAUACAUAUUAUUCAUAUCUAAAUAUGUUACAUUGUGGCCAUAAGGAUUCUAUCAAAAUCAACGCAGACAAUAUUGGCGAAUUCACUGAUCUAGCACAUUGUUAUUGUGAUCAAGAAUUGCUUGGAUAUUGUAAAUAUUUCAUUCAAAACGAACUUAAUGAACAAUCAUUAAAAAUUUAUCUUCCAAUAAUCUUUAAAUAUCAGCUUAAUGAAUUAAAUGGUAAACUUCGUCAAAUUGCAUAUGAAAAACUAUUUCUAGAAAUUCAAAACGAAUCAAUUCAAGAUUUUCUACAAAAUUAUCUCGAAAAACAGCAAUCAUCAUUGCAAUCAUCUUCAGAAUCAAACAAAAAACUCAAAAUCAAAUGAAUGCAUUUAUUUCUCAAAAUAGUUCUUUGUGAGGUCGAAUUCACCAACGACAUUAU